AUGGUUUCAAAAACCACGCGAGCUGCUACUGCAGCAGCAAAAAGAGCGGCUACACGCAUGUGUGCGGCCGCGGAAAGUGCCUCUCACACCUCAGCAGUAGGCGAUUCGUCGCCUGUUGUCGUGAAUCAUCCACGUGGUAAAUCACCACGUGCGACAGGAACAUCCGGUGCGUCUGCAGCGGGUACCUCGGGUCGUAAUCAAGACGAGGCUAAGAUAGAGCUCAUCUAUUCUGGCGAUUCGGAUGAUGCAUCCGACUCGAAGGCGACGCCUCACGCCUCCGGAUCACCCGGGGAGGACACUGCAAGAGCCAGACGGACUGGCUCUGGUCAGCGCGGCGGUAUUUGA